ACGUGACACAGUGAGUAAUUCAAUGAAAUGAAACUCAGAAGUGAAAUCGGCUGAAUGAAAUGAAACUUUGAAUUAAUGUCGGCUAGACUCUAGCUCUACACGUUACUGCUGAUUUGAAAGGAAUGUUUAUCAAGUAAAUUGCAAUUAUGGAUGGGAAUACUACUCCCAAAUCCCCAGGUGGGAAAGAUAAGGAACUGAGCAAUGCCAAUGGCAAUGAUAUUGAUCAUGUCGUGAAAGAUAAGAAGAGUGGUGCAACAAGGAGCUUUACUAGAGAAAGAGAUCUAGAGAAUGGGAAAGAUGAUCGAGAUGACUCAGAAUCCACAUUGUCAUUAUGUGGAUCAUCGGCCUCUUCUGCCAGUACUGCAAAGAAGAGAGAAAGAGAGAGAAAGAAGGAAAGACAACUUAAAGCAAAGUUGAUAGCCUUACAUCAAACGAGUGAACUUGAGAAGAAACUGAGAACACUUCAAAAACAACAUGAAAUGGAACGAGCCGAACAAGAAAUACGAAUUGCAAAAGAAAAGGCUGAGAAUUUGAGAAAGAGUCAGCUUUUGAAGGAUGAAGAAGCGGAGAUUGAAAGACAAAAGACUGCUAUUCUCUUGCAAGCAGAAUUGAAGCUUCUACAACAAGACUCAGAGGAAGAGCUACAGAAAUGGAAAGUGGAAGGUGAUUCUUUCCGUGAUCGUGGACAAGAACGAGAUCAAGUUAGAGGUGACUCUUUCCGUGAUCGUGGACAAGAACGAGAACGAGUUAGAGGUGAUUUUGUCGGUGAUCAUGGACAAGAACGAGAUCAAGUUAGAGGUAACUCUUUCCGUGAUCGUGGACAAGAACGAGAACGAGUUAGAGAUGAUUUUGUCGGUGAUCAUGGACAAGAACGAGAUCAAGUUAGAGGUAACUCUUUCCGUAAUCGUGGACAAGAACGAGAACGAGUUAGAGAUGAUUUUGUCGGUGAUCAUGGACAAGAACGAGAACGAGUUAGAUAUGAUUUUGUCGGUGAUCAUGGACAAGAACGAGAUCAAGUUAGAGGUGACUCUUUCCGUGAUCGUGGACAAGAACGAGAACAAGUAAUAGGUGAUUCUUUCCGUGAUCGUGGACAAGAACGAGAACGAGUUAGAGAUGAUGUUGUCGGUGAUCGUGGACAAGAACGAGAUCAAGUUAGAGGUGAUUCUUUCCGUGAUCGUGGACAAGAACGAGAACGAGUUAGAGGUGAUUUUGUCGGUGGUCGUGGACAAGAACAAGCCUUUCGCAAGGAACCUGUGAGCAAUGAAGAAGGAGCCACCAAACAGAUGCUUAGGGAGAUGAUUAGAUUCACUGCAGAAAACAGUCUACCAUCGCCAGAUCUCGAGCCGUUCAAUGGGGAUCCACUUGAUUACCUUACCUUUAUAAGGAAUUUUGAAUAUGUGGUUGAAAAAAGAACUGAUGAACCUUUCAGAAGACUAGAGCUUCUACUAAAAUACACACGAGGAGAAGCGCAUGAGCUUAUUCGAGAAUGCCCCCACAUACAACCAAGUAAGAGGGCAUAUGAGACAGCCAAGUCCAUGCUACACAGAGACUAUGGAAAGCAGAGUAACAUAAUAAAUGCAUACAAGGAAAGGGCAAUUGCCUGGGAGCAGAUACGAUCAGGAGAUAGGCAAGGAUUGCGAAAAUUCGCAAUAUACCUCAAUAAUUGCUCGCAUGUUAGAGCAGCAGGGGACUUAGGAGGCAUGGAUAGUGAAAGUUUUCUGAGAGUUCUGGCAAGCAAACUACCCUUGUAUCUUCAGCAGAAGUGGAUAUCACGAGUAGGCCUGACUCGUGAUAUUGCUAAUAGGAAUCCCACCCUGGAAGAUCUUGCACAGUUCGUCAUACAGACUGAAAGAAACAUUAACGAUCCCAUGGUACAGGGAUUGGGAUAUCAGAGGACUGAGAAAAAUGCUUCCUACAAUAAAGAUGAGAAAGAAAAACUACAAAAAUCAAGAAGCACAAAGGCAUUUGGUACAGCCACACAACAGGAUAAGGAACAGAAGGACAAGAGGGAACCAAGUUGUACUUUCUGUGGUGCCAACUCGAGGCAUGUCAUUGACGAGUGCCGAAAAUUUGAAGCCUUGUCAGUUGAAGAAAGAUCAGAGCAAUGUAAAAGGAAAGGCCUCUGCUUCCGAUGCCUGAAACCAAAGCAUCUGAAUAAGGAAUGCAAGAGUCAGAUCAAGUGUGAUGUCUACGACAGGAUGCACAACACUUUAAUGCAUGAUCCCAGGUGGAUGAAAGACGGAGAAGGAAAUACAAGGAAAACCACCAAUGAUGCUUCAACAUCUACCGAUGUGCAAAGUGAAGCUGGAAGGAUCUCUUCAGGGUCUACCAAUGUGAAGAAAAGUGUUGGAGGAAAACCCCAGACAUCGACGUGCAUGACGAUAGUUCCAGUCAUCGUGAAGCACAAAGGAAAUGACAGAUGCAUAUCAACUUAUGCAUUCAUAGAUAAUGGAUGUGGAACAGUCUUCUGUGACACAGAACUUACCCAAAGGCUGCAUGCAAGAACCAGGAAAACCAAGCUAAUAGUCAAGACAUUGAAUCUUGAAGAAGUGAUAGAUACAGAAGUCACUGUAGAUGAGCUGCAGAUCGCAGGAGUAAAGGAGAAGGAAUUCAUCAAUCUUCCGCCCAUCUAUGUCAAAGAUGGUAUACCAGUGACAGUUUCAGAUGCUCCAACUCAAAAAGAUCUGAAACGAUGGAAACAUCUGAAGGACAUAGAAUUGCCCGAAAUAAAGUAA